GGAUUCCUCAUUAACUGUCGCUUCCUCUCGAUUACAAUCCUGGACGAGCCGGACAGCAACGCUAGAGGAUGAGAAGGCACAGAUCCCCACUUCCCACCCGUGGGAGAAGAACUUUUCCACCUUUGACGGAUCUCCCUGAUCUUUAUUAAAGUCUCGCUCGCCACUGUCACCUUGGGCUUGGGGAGUGCAGCUGCUUGAAGGAAGGGGGCCUAGGUCGGCCGAUUGCCAAAGGCCUGCGCCCCGAAGCCUGGAGAUCCUGAGAAAGAGGAAGGGGUGCCCAAAAGAGAAGCGCUAUGAGGUCUCCUGGGCGGAGGAGUUACUUUGGCCAACAGAAAAGGAAGAGAAACGCCGGGGUCCUGGGCUAAAUUUCUGAGAGUCAACCACGCCUUUGGGACUCUUUCCUCUGGAUUCCUCUCUUGGUGGGUUCUCUCGGCGGCUUUGUUGAAAUCGAGGGUUUCAUAUAAUGCUGCUCCUCAGCUGGUAGGGCCGCUCUGCGCUCGCCUCCUCCCCACUUGAACCCCAGCGCCGGAGGUUUUGGAGAAAUGGCUUAGACUAGGGACGCCAAGCCAAGCGGAGCUGGCCAUGCUUUGCUGGGAGUGAUCUUUCUUCUUGGAUGCAUCUGCGGAGCUGGCCUGGUCGCAGAGAAGGGGAAAGAAAGCACCAUGAAAGAGAAAUCCAAAAAUGCUGCCCGAACUAGGCGGGAGAAAGAAAACAGCGAAUUCUACGAACUGGCCAAGCUUCUGCCUUUGCCUUCGGCUAUCACCUCGCAACUGGACAAGGCCUCCAUCAUUCGGCUCACUACCAGCUACUUAAAAAUGAGGGUGGUCUUCCCGGAAGGACUCGGGGAGGCCUGGGGCCACUCAAGUCGAACCAGCACUCUGGACAACGUCGGUCGAGAGUUGGGGUCCCACCUGCUUCAGACUUUGGAUGGUUUCAUUUUUGUGGUAGCUCCUGAUGGCAAGAUCAUGUAUAUCUCGGAGACCGCCUCGGUGCACUUGGGUUUAUCGCAGGUAGAGCUGACCGGCAACAGCAUUUACGAAUACAUCCACCCGGCCGAUCACGACGAGAUGACCGCCGUCCUCACCGCUCAUCAGCCCUACCAUUCCCACUUCGUGCAGGAGUACGAGAUCGAGCGCUCCUUUUUCCUCCGGAUGAAAUGCGUCUUGGCCAAGAGGAACGCGGGCCUCACCUGUGGAGGCUACAAGGUGAUUCAUUGCAGUGGUUAUCUAAAGAUCCGCCAAUACAGCUUGGACAUGUCCCCUUUUGAUGGCUGCUACCAAAAUGUUGGACUGGUGGCAGUGGGCCACUCCUUACCCCCCAGUGCUGUGACGGAGAUUAAGCUGCACAGCAAUAUGUUUAUGUUUCGGGCCAGCCUGGAUAUGAAGCUCAUCUUCCUUGAUUCACGGGUAGCUGAGCUGACUGGUUAUGAACCUCAGGACUUGAUUGAGAAGACACUGUACCACCAUGUCCAUGGCUGUGACACUUUCCAUUUGCGCUGCGCUCACCACCUGCGUAAGGAGCCUCUUCCCUUUGAGCCUUUGAAGCCCUCAGCUGAGCCCUGUUUACUCAGAAUGCUAGUGAAAGGGCAAGUCACCACUAAAUAUUACCGUUUCCUGGCCAAACAAGGUGGCUGGGUCUGGGUGCAGAGCUACGCCACCAUCGUUCACAACAGCCGGUCUUCCCGGCCCCAUUGCAUCGUCAGCGUCAACUAUGUGCUCACGGAUACAGAAUACAAAGGACUUCAACUCUCCCUUGAUCAGGUUUCGGCUACAAAACCGGCGUUCCCAUAUGCAAACUCUAUUCCAACUAUAACUGACAAUAGAAAAGGAAGCAAAUCACGUCUCUCUGGCACAAAGUCCAAAUCUAGGACAUCACCUUAUCCACAGCAGUAUUCUGGGUUUCAUACAGAAAGAUCUGAAUCUGAUCAUGAAAGCCAGUGGGGUGGAAGUCCACUGACUGACACUGCAUCUCCACAAUUAAUGGAUCCCACUGAAAGACCAAACUCUCAGCAUCAUGAUGUUUCCUGUGCCUAUAGACAAUAUUCGGAUCGUGGUGCCCUCUGCUAUGGUUUUGCAGUUGACCAUUCUAGGUUAGCGGAUGAUAGACACUUCCAAAGUCAAACCUGUGAAGGGGGCAGGUGUGAGGCUGGUCGGUACUUUCUUGGCACACCACAGCCUGGAAGGGAAGCAUGGUGGGGUUCUCGAUCUGGCCUUCCACUAACCAAAUCUUCUCCUGAGAGCCGAGAAGCCUAUGAAAGCAACAUGCCACACAUAACAUCCAUUCACAGGAUUCAUGGACGAGGGCACUGGGAUGAAGAAAGUGUGGUUAGUUCCCCAGAUCCUGGUUCGGCUAGUGAGUCAGGGGACCGAUACCACUCUGAGCAGUAUCAGGGCAGCCCACAUGAGCCCAGCAAAAUCGAAACUCUAAUUAGAGCGACUCAGCAAAUGAUUAAAGAAGAAGAGAACAGGCUACAGCAGCGGAAAUCUACCCCUGAUCAGCUGGUUUCCAUGAAUGGAGCUGGGAAAAAGCACUCUGUUUGUUUUACAAACUACCAUCAGCAGCAACAGCUGAGAGAGGCCUGCCGAGUCCCCAGCAUCACCACUACACCUCCUUGUGAACACACACAGCAACAACGGGAUGGGAAACUGAUGAGCCCCCAGGAGAAUGACUAUGACAACAGUCCCACAACGCUAUCUAGAAUAAACAGUCCUGGGUCUGAUCGAAUGUCUAAAUCAGGCUUGCUCUUGGCUAAAGACUAUUUUCAUUCUGACAUAUCCCCCCAUCAGACACCAGGGGACCAUCAGCCCACAAGUUCUCCCAAUUAUUAUACUUCCCAUAGGCAAUACUUUGACAAGCAUGCCUACACCUUAACAGGAUUUGCUUUGGAGCACCUUUAUGACAGUGAAACGAUUAGGAACUAUUCUUUGGGUUGCAAUGGAUCACACUUUGAUGUGACUUCUCACCUACGGAUACAGCAAGAUCCAGCCCAGGGACACAAGGGGACAUCUGUUAUAAUAACCAAUGGGAGCUGAUGGGUCUUUCUCUCUUCCCUACCCUACCCCACCCCACCUCACUCCCUUUUUAAGGUCGUCCUAGGAAAAGUAUCUUUGCAGAGUAAUAACCACAGACGCAUAUGUUUUAAAAUUCUUGUUGCAACCAACAUUUGAUGCGCUACAGUGCACUAAAAGAGUUCUUGUAGUGUUGAGUGUUGGUUUAUCCCAAUUGCUGUUUCAAAUGCAUUGGUCUCAAGGUUAAGGUAAAGCAAAUAAAAUAAAAUCAAACCAUAAAGCUAGCACCACAUUGUGAAGGAGAUCUAAGUUGGGAGCACUCUUGCUAUGCAAAAUUAGCCAUUUUGCUUGCAUGGACAUACAUGAUGAACUAGUUAAGGAAAAUCUAUAUAAGUUAGUGGUGUCUCUCAGGCCUUAAUAAAGCAAGACCACUAUGCACUGAAUAUGUGUAUGUGUGUGCUUAUGCAAAAAAAAUGCACACACACAUACACACAUACGUUCAGAAACAUACAUAGACAUAGAGGCAUACAUACAUAUAUAUAUAUGCACACACACAAAGCAGAAUGCAAAGCAUUUUGAGUUAAUAAUUCCCUGUUGGCCACAUUGGAAGUGAUAUAAUGGCAUAGGUUUGGAGGAAAGAGCACUUUUGAAAGCCGAUCACAUUAGAAGUUCUAUUUGUUGGUAAACUAGGAAAGUCCUAAUGAAAAAGUGGUAGAUAGGUGGAAAUGGUUAAAAAACCAGAUAAAAGCAACUUGUUAUGAACAUAGCAAAAGAGAAAAUGGCUGCAGGUUUUGGGUUUGGCUAGUCUAAAGAAAAGAAGGGGUUAGUAGUAUUCUACUAUUUGAGAGGCUGCCACAAAGAAGAGGGGGUCAAAUUAUUUUCCAAAACAUCAAAGGGCAGGACAAGAAACAAUGAUUGGAAACUAAUCAAAGAGAGAAGCAACCUGGAAUUAAGGAGAAACUUCCUAACAGUGAGGACAAUUGACCAGGGGAACAGCUUGCCUUCAGAAAUCGUGGGCACUCCAUCACUGGAAGUUUUUAAGAAGAGACUAGUCAGUCAUUUAUCUGAAAUAGUAUAGGUUCUCCUGCUUAAGCAGGGGGCUGGACUAGAAUUCCUCCAAGGUCCCUCUUCUCUUCUCUUCUCUUCUCUUCUCUUCUCUUCUCUUCUCUUCUCUUCUCUUCUCUUCUCUUCUCUUCUAUUCAAGAAAAAGCUAACACAAUAUAGGCAGUCCUUGAACUAUGACCACAAUUGAGCCCAAAAUUUAUAUUGCUAAAUGAGACCGUUGUUAAGUGAAUUUUGCCCCAUUUUAUUACCUUUCUUGCCACAGUUGUUAGCUGAAUCACUGGAGUUGUUAGUGACACAGCUGUUAAGUGAAGCUGACUUUCCCAUUGACUUUGCUUGUCAAAAGAUCAAGAAUUGCAAUUUGAAUGCCCAGUGUGUUUCUGAAGAGCAAGUUUGUUUGUUCGUUCAUUCAUUCAUUCAUUCAUUCAUUCAUUCAUUCAUUCAUUCAUUCAUUCAAUAGUGCUUGUUCCAAAGUAAUAUGAAGUAGGACUAGGGGUUGAAUAUGGGUAGACCCCCAUGAGAACCUGUUCAGUUAUAUUUGGCUACAUAUGUCACAAGAUGUAACAAUAUAAAUGGUAUAGUUAUAGGGAACCAGAUGUUGGAUUAAAUAUCCUUCUGCAACAAACGAGCAGGCUGGGGCUUAUUGGAACUGAAAUCCAGGAUUACCUGAAUGGUUACAAGUAAUUUUACUUUUAUGAUAUAACCAUGGGAUCAGUAAACAUAAAUUUAUUGAAAUCAACCAGAAAAUAUAUUGUAAUUGAAUAAAUGUGUUAUGGCUCUUCAAUUACAUAGGGAACUCAGGUAUUUCUCAUACGAUAGUCUUUUGUUUUCAGUGCUAUCGCAUUCUCUUAGUAUUUUAAAUUGCAGCAUUCUGCUUCAUUAUGCAAAAGGCAUUGAUCUGUUAAAUUGGAUGUAAUGCAUAGGUAAGACUUAAUGCAAUUUUUCACAGUGAUGGAGUACAUAAGGCCCAUGGACCUCCAGGUGCUGCUGAACUACAGUACCACUGAGUUCUCAACAUUUUUGAUAUUAUGGUUAGGAACAGAUUCCUAUGCUUUUGAGAAAGAUUAUUUAUUAAGAUCGUUGCAUUUAAUCUUCAUCAAAGUUCUCAAACUUGAAAUUUGUAUGUGGAAGUAAAAAAUGGAAUCCUUCCAAUCUCUCUUUCCUAAAUUUCAGUGUUGGCAGAGAAACACCUUGUAUCUGCAGAAACAGAUGUUUAAAAGUAAGAUGACUUGUAAUCAGUGAAACUGUUAGAAGAUGGCUGGCAUUAUGGCUUUCAAUUGAAAUCACAAAUUUGGAAGUUGGUCCUACCAAAAUCAAAAAGACACUAUAAAAAGUGUUUAGAUAGAAUUAUUACUUUAAUUACACAGUUGAAUAAAAUCUAUGUAAGGCAUUGAUAAACAUGUGGGUUCAGCACAGAACAGCAUAAAAUUAGGUAGUUAGAAGCAUAAAGAAAACUAUAAAUAUUUACAGUUUUAAUAGUUUUUUGGACAGAAAAUUGGAUCUAAGACCAAGGGUACUGCUUGUGGUUUUUCCCCACCAAGCAAAGUCCAUCUUUGAGUUGACAGAAAAACAUACUGACAUGACACUUAUUGUCCUCAUUGCUAAUCCCUAUACUAUCUCUCUUCCUUUUGUUUCCAGACACAGUAAUUACAUUCAGGUUCAAAGAUAAAACCAAAUUGAAUUGAGGCUAUUGUUGGAUAGUGUCAAAAUAAAAAGGGGAAUGUUUCUUUAAUACUAGAAUAGCCAAGAACAAGGCUGCUGACUUACAGAAUCCUCUGCUGUCUUACAGAAUUUUCAUGCCAUCACUGGAGUUAUAUAAAGCCUGUUUCCAGUAUGAUUAUUGUGGUAUAACAAUGGGUUGAGUGUAUUGCAGAAGUUACUGUGCAUCAUUAGCAGGGCUGGGGAAAAGAUUAAGAUAACAUCAUGGGAAGAGAGCAGAGAAAAUGUGUUGCCAGGGAAUGUUUGUUCCAUGGUUAAGUACAAAUAGACACAUGGGGUUAGUAUAGCAAACAGUGGCUAUGAUCCAGCCAACAUUAAGCCUAUUUAUUUCAGAUAGAUUGUUUAAAAGCUUUCCUCAUAAAAUUAAUUUAGAAAUGUGCAUGUGCAAAUCCUUAACAGGUUCAUCUCAAGAGAGUAAAAGUACCUUGAAAAAGUACUGGCUACUCCCAACCACCAUAUUUUUAAAAAUCUAGGAUGUAAUCUAGCGAAGUAAAAUUGUGCAGUAUUUCAUUUUUACUUAGAUAAGUAAAUAUUUGUGCUUCAUUUCCCCCCUAUCUUCCCAUAAUAAGAAUAAUGAUGAAUUUUCACAGAGAAGCUUAAUGCAAUAUGUAGACAAGUGCUCAGUCUAGUAUGAACUUCCUCAAAGGUCUUCUAGGUCUAAUCACAGACUGUUGGGAGUAUUGUAAAAUGUUUUGUUUUCAGGAUCUACACCGUAGCUCUUGGGUUCCAAGCACAACAAUUAAUAACUAAUAAUCAAUAAAUUUCUCAUUCAGAGAAGGAGCAUCAUCCAAGAAUAGAAUAAUAGCCUCAGCUACUUUUUUUUGUGCUUCAGUAAAAGCGCAAAACCGCAUUUUCAAAAAACUAUAGGAGCCAUGCAGGCUGUUAGGUCUGCCACUCCAGUCAAUGCAGGAAUAUAUAACAAAAAUGAGAAACAGUUACCAAAUGAAUAAACAAAUAACUGUGAAUCAGCAAGUCAACAAUAGUUCUUGGUUUAUUCAAUAUAUUUAUAUUUAAUAAAGAGAGAGAUUUCACUAAGAUUAAAAAUGACACCAUCAUAAAUAUUUUACUUAGGAUGUGUAUAGCGAAUAACAACAUUCUGUAGAACAGCCUAUAGAUUUAAUAUGUGGCACACAAUUUAAUAUAAAGCUAUGGAGAAAAUAGGCAUUCUAGGUCAAAUGUUGGUGUAUCAUAGGUCCACAAUAUUAAUGCACUGAUAAUGAAAAUGUUAAGCAUAAAAGCUAACAUAUAAAUUAAUAAGAAUAAUUUCCAGUCACAUUCUAAAGGGAAGGCUUAAAAUGAUUAUACAGAUUUACAAAAUGAGUUUACAUUCUAAAAUUAAAAAUCCCAGAUGAUUAUUAUAUUGGACACAAAACAAGGCCCAUUACUAAUUUCUUAAAUAGAAGAAACUUACAAAUUAUAGCCAGAUUGUCACAUUACACGUUAUGAAACAAAUUGUAUUCAGUAUAAUACAGCUACAGGUUGCAACCUUCUUAUUCAGAUUGCGCAUAUAACUACUAGGUAACUAGUAUUACCUACUACUUAUAGGAAUCUGUUCUGUGUAGUGUGUUGCCAAUAUGUAACCAUUCUGCAUGUACAGCUGUGUACAGUGUACAGUAGAGUACACUCAGUCUAGUACUUCCGGGUAGAAAUAUUUUGGAUUUCAAUAUAAGAAUUUCUAAAAAUGAAAGGAGAGACUAAGAAUCCCAACAAAGUUGUCAAGGUUCAGUAGCAUACGUAUCAGAUUUUCAUCAGGCCUAAAAUGCUUUUCCUGUUAUUCAAGAAAAUCUCCAUGAUUAAAACUCAGCUAGAUCUCUUCACAAUGAUGUGUUCAUAUAAUAUCUUUCCCAGAUUGUGACCAUUACCAAGCAUUAAUCUGACAUACAGUAGAUAGAUUUUUGUGUUACAUUCUAAAUGCAGACCAUAUACAGCUGCCAAAUCUUUUUGCAAAAUGCAGGAAUCUUGAAUCAACUGAAUUUGGGUAGAAAUGCUUGGUUGGCCCUGUUCUCUUUGUUUUUCCUUUGUAUUUUUUAAACAUCAGGUAUGGUCUUUUGUGUAUUGUCAAAAAGUAGGCACUAAGUUUUCAUCCCUCCUGAUUGGUUUUAAUAUUGGAUACCAUUUUGGAGCACGUACAUUUUACAGGAUAACUAUGAACAUGAUACUUUCUUCAUCUGGGGUGUUAGGGCAAAUCAGAAUAAAUGUUUGAAUUUUGGAUCCUUACUGUAUUUGAUUGAUUGAUAUAUGGCCCCUUUGACCCGCCCACUGACCUCUAUCUCUCAAGCUUGAAUUUGAAACAGGGCAUUUAAAUUUUAGCUUUCCUGUGGAUUUUGAAUUACAAAUUGCAUUUGAAUGCAGUUCUUCUCAUAUUUCAGUCCAUUUCCCUAUGUAGUAUUGCAAUGCUUUCCUCAAAUAAAAUAAAUGCCAACUUCUGCGUUUCAUAAACUUAGAGGUUUUGUACACCAAGUUGGACUUUCAGGUGGGAGAAAUAUAUUCAUUGUAGAAAGAUGAUGCAUUUUUACACUUCAUGACUGGAAGGAGCAACAUUGGAUCAUUAGACUGGCUUUCUUCAACCUGUUGCCCUAAACUUGUGCUGCCAUUAUAAUCUCCUAAACUCUGGCCUUCACUGAGUUUUGGGAAUUGUAGUCCAGCCUAUGUGGGGGAAGCUAUGUUGAGGAAAGCUGUCUUAUAGAUAAACAAUGAAGAUCUAAAGUUGGUGGUAUAUGAGGAUGAUUCUUCCUUCUGCAGUUUGCUUUCUGUUUCCAGUCUAUUUUAUAAGAUCCUCUAGAUUUUUGGAAUGGGCUUGGUGGUGUCUCUGUGUUGAGGGGCUGCAGAGGGAAGCAGAAGGUAGGAAAAUUCCACUCUACGUCCAAUACAAACCAAAGAAUCUGCUCCUAUCCAAAUUAGGUGGACUUUAGCUGUUGAAAUCAAUAGCCUUCACUUUGCACAGGAUUUGGCUAAUAAUCAAAGUUUUCAGCUCUAUUCAGUAACUUCUUUUUUCAAACAGUAAAGGCAAAUGUGUUCAUUUAUUAUUGUAGUCAUUUACUCUAUUUAAAAAAAGAAACUAUUAUUUAUUUUAAUGCAUGUAGCUUAGUUUUCAAAUGAAAAAAAGGUUCUCAAACCCAAAUAUGUAAGCUGAUUAUAAAUGAACAGUGUUUUAUGUUAUUAAAAAAAAAAGAAAUUAUGCACAGUUCUUUUAUGUUAAGUAUUGACACUUUCUUAUUUUUCCCUAAAGGCUAUUAAAGAUUUUUUUUAAAGGCCUAAAUUGUAUUUCUGUACUUAAGAGCACUCUCUUUUCCCAUGGUAUCAUUUAUGCUUGCUUUUUUUUUGUUUUUACUGAAAUGCAGAACAGUCUCUUUCUAAAUUAAUUGAUCUCACAGGACCCAUGAAUUCUAAAGGGAAUUAUUUCCAGAUAAGCAUGUUUAGAAUCAGUAAAUGGGGUUAUUUAUUUGGAAAUAAAUUGAAGAGAAAUCCUAGUAAUAAUAUCUGGGAUUUUUGUGUUUGUGUGCUCCAGUGCUCUUGCAUGCCUUUCAUUUCAACAGAAAGGAGUGUUUUGAGCUGACAUAAAGGAGCACAUACACCUUCUGCAUUGAAAUAGAUGGGGAAACUAAUGCCAACCCUUCAGGAUAUCCAUGUAACUUGUGAGUCUGGAGCCCCAUGUAUGUCAGAAGCUGAAAGUGAUGAUGCGGCUGUGUGUCCAAAUUACAAAAUUGACAGCAUCACAAACGACAUGUAAUGGGUGGAGUCUAAUGCCCUUGUCAAGUUACAUUUGUAAUUUGAAGUUUUCCUUUGGAAUGUAAUGUAGGAAAUUCAAUUUAGCUUUGUUGCUAAUAUCUUGAAAAUUGUUCCCAUUUAUAAUUAUUUAUAUUGUACAUAGAUUUCUGAGGUAAAUUUGAAGUCCGUGUGUAUAAGAUGUAUUUAUUAUGUGAAGAUUUUUUUUUCUUUAAAAAAUACAGCUAUCAGUAUGUAGCCUGAAUCUGGUCUCUUGAUUCUGUUCACAAUUAAAGGUUCAUCUUUUGUGCCUAUA